UUCCUAGGAGCAUGAGAGCAAAGGCUCUAAGAUCUUUGCAUGAGAGUGAGUUGCAGAAGCACUGAUGCCACAAACACCUUUGUGGAGAUGAUCAGGGCGGAUUUGGGAAUAGUCUUCGGCAUCGGGUUUAUUUGUCUGUUCAGCGACACAGAAAGUCUGGGACAGACUGCUGGGAAACCAGGCACUCGUCGCUUGGUGAAUGGGACACUGGGACAGUCAGUCACGUUACCAGGAUGUAUCUCAGGAGAAAACCUUUCAAUCCUCACUUGGGAUUACCGCAGUUCACCAACAACAGGAAAGGUUCAAUUAUGUUCAAAAACUCAAAACAACCCAAUACAAUGUAACAAACAGCGAAUCGGGUUAAACCUGAAGGACUGUAGUCUGGAAAUACAGAACCUAACAGAACACGAUCAAGGUCUGUAUGAAAUGAACUUCAGGACGAAUCUGACUGUCCAUGUACAAGUGACAGAACUGAAGAUUUAUGAACGAGUGUCAUUACCUAUAAUAACUAUCAGUGAAGCCUUCAGUGACGGGGUGUGUAACAUUAGCUUGGUGUGUUCACUGGAGCACGGCACCGAGCCAGUCUACACUUGGUGGUCAGGAGAUGGCAAGGUCACGGCAGAUGGGUCGCACAUACUGACUGACGAAGGGAGAAGGCUGGCACUAUCCAUACCUCUACCCAACAUCAACAGUGUGUACUACUGCACCGUGGGGAACCCUGUUAGUGAGGAGACGCGGAGCGUGGAUCUAACACAGCUCUGUCCUGCCCAUGAAGGUGUCAAGCAACAGCAAGCACUCCAUAUUGGCUUGAUUAUUGCAGGAAUUGGGUUGGGAGCUAUCAUCUUAGCUAGCGUUGGCUACAUGUGUUGGAAGAAAGAAACAAACCACGAUGAAGGCAGGUACUCGACUAUUCUUCUUCUUAAACCAUGCAGUCUAAUCCCAGGUUAUGCCCCUUCACAACAAGGCGGCUCAUGUUAGUCACCGUAUUUUGGCUUUAGCUCCUUGUCCGCUGGUAAACACAAACGGAGAGACCGACCAACUUUCUGUGCAGAUCAAAUCUUCAAAGAAAGCCUUUGACGGGAGACGCCUACAUGUUCCAUCAUG